AUGCUUCGUGAAAGUCAAAUGCAAAAGACAAUUGUUGCAUUACAAAACGGAGAUGUUUCUAGUGGGCGUGGCUUAAAUCAAGAAACAACAUUGAAAAGGGCAGGUGAUACUCGAUGGGGCUCACACUAUGGUACAAUACUUAGCUUGAUUUCUAUUUUUUCUUCCGUGGUAGAAGUUCUUGAAGUGAUUGAGGAAGAUGGAAAUAAUCCUGAACAAAGAGCUGAAGCAUGUCAAUUAUUGAAUCAUAUUCAAUCUUUUGAAUUUGUAUUCAAUUUACAUUUGAUGAAAAGUAUAUUAGGAGUUACUAAUGAGUUGUCUCAAGCUCUACAAAGAAGUUAUCAAGAUAUUAUAAAUGCUAUGACAUUGGUUAAAGUGUCCAAACAACAAUUGCAAAGUAUAAGAGACGAUGGUUGGUCCUCUUUGCUCAAUGAAGUUUCAGUAUUUUGUGAUAGUCACAAUAUUCUUGUUCCAAAUAUGAAUGACAUAUUUGUAACACAAGAAAGAUCAAGGUGCAAAAUCCAAAAAGUCUCAAACUUGCAUCAUUUUCAAGUUGAAUUAUUUUAUCAAGUGGUUGAUAGACAACUUCAAGAGCUCAACAAUCGUUUUACAGAGGUAAAUACCGAGUUACUUCUUUGUAUAGCUUGUUUGAAUCCAAUUGACUCAUUUUUUGCAUUUGAUAAGGAGAAGUUGCUUCGUUUAGCUGAAUUUUAUCCACAUGAAUUCUCUUCUACUCAUCUUUUGGCACUUGAUAGUCAACUUGAGAAUUUUAUAUUGGAUAUGCGUCUUGAUGAUCAAUUCUCAAAUAUAAAUGGAAUCAGUGGACUAUCUCAAAAAUUAGUUGAGACAAAAAAGCAUGUUGUUUAUCCAUUGGUAUUUUUUCUAUUGAAAUUAGCUUUGAUUCUACUUGUGGCAACGGCAUCAGUUGAGAGAACCUUUUCUGCUAUGAAUAUCAUAAAGAGUCGACUUCAUAAUCGAAUGGGAGAUGAGUGGUUGAAUGAUUGUUUGGUUACAUAUAUAGAAAGAGAGACAUUCAAUCAAGUUGAUAAUGAAACAAUUAUUCAACAUUUUCAAAAUAUGAAAACAAGAAGAGAAGUACCUUCAAGAUUUGAAGCGAAGAAAGUUAGCAGCUAA